UGGGAUUAUAACUACGUCAAAAAAACCCCAAAACCAAUGGAACUUUAAACGCAAAAUGAAACUGUGGCGUCUAGAAAACGGACAUCUUUAUAUUCAAAUUAAGGAUCAACCGCUUUGUCGUUUUGUUCCUGCGUGGGACUUGGAGUUUCAUCAAUUCUUGUUUAACCAAUUUUACAAUAAUGAUCGGUAUAUUAAUGCGAACGAUUGUCACAAGAAAAUCAUGUGUACAUGGAAAGACCUCCGCGAAGUAAUGUUUGGCUAUAAACUUCUCGGCAUAUACCAGCAAUUCAAUCCAACUGACCCC